AGGACUUUCGACCCGUUCGAGCAGGAGGACGAGUUCUCGGUCCGCCACGAGCCUUCUGCCGCUUCGAGCCACCCGCAGGCCUUCGACCUACAGGAGCUGGUCCGCUGCGAGCCUCCGAGCGCCUCCGCCGACCGCGAGUUCGACCAGCGGGGGCUCGGCCGCCGCGAGCUCCCGAGCGCUUCCGGCGUCCAGGCGCUCGACGCGCAGCAGGAGCUGCUCCACCGCGGGCUCUCGACCGUCUCCAGCGCCCGCGGGGCCCACCGCGAGCACCGCA